AUGGGGCAAAUGGCUAUGGAGCUGAGUGAGAGAAAGCUGGGAGAAUUUCCAUCCCAAACAAUACCCAAUCUAGGGGGUCGCCAGCAGCUGAAAGCAGUCACAACCCUCAGAAAUGGCAAGGUCAUAGGAAUAGAUGAGCCAGCACAAGCAUCUCCAAAUGAAGCCUCAGAACAUCCAAGGAAAUUCCAAGAGCAAGAGACAGUGGCUUUGACAGAGGACGUAAGUGCGGUAUUGCUAAGAAAACUACCACCAAAGCCAAAAGAUCUAGGGAUCAAUUUGCUGCCAUACGCUAGAUCGGAGACACUAGGUUUCGGGGAGCUUUUGCCAACCUCUAUGACCUUGCAAUUGGCAGACAGAAGCAUCAAAAGACCCAGAGAUAUACUUGAGGACGUCUUGGGUACUGUAAAUAUGAAGGUAAAUGAUGAGAAGGUAGAAUUUAGAAUAUUUGAUGCAUUAAAAUUACCUCAAGAUGAUCUGGAAUGCUUUAAUGUCUAUAUGCUUCAUGGUGUUGUUGAGAAAGUAUUUCAGGUCCAUUAUAUUGAACAUUGGAGGCCACCCUCACCCAUAGUUUCAAAAGACAGGACAUUGAGCCGGAAUCUGAAGAUGUCGCUGAAGACAUCAUUGAAACUGUGCACCUUCUUGAGGCCUCUCAAAAGCAUUCAAGUUGGCACUCCAUACCAUCCCCAGACCAGUGGUCAAGUGGAGAUCAGCAAUAGAGAGAUCAAAGGCAUCCUAGAACGGAUAGUGAAUCCCAGCAAGAAGGAUUGGUCUCUGCGCUUGAAUGAUGCACUAUGGGCCUAUAGGAUUGCCUACAAGACACCUAUUGGUAUGUCUCCAUAUCGAUUGGUCUUUGGGAAAGCAUGCCAUCUACCAGUAGAGUUGGAGCACAAAGCGCAUUGGGCCAUCAAGAAGUUCAACUUUUAUAUGAAACAAGCAAGUGACGAGAGGAAGCUACAACUCAAUGAAUUGGAGGGAUUGCGGCGUGAUGCAUAUGAGAACACCAAGCUCUACAAAGAAAGAACCAAAGCAUACCAUGACAAGCAACUGGUCAGGAAGGAAUUUCAUGUAGGGCAAAAGGUGUUGAUCUAUAAUUCCAGAUUGAAAAUUUUCCCUGGCAAGCUUAAGUCAAGAUGGUUCGGACCAUGUAUUGUUACCCAAGUGUUUCCUCUUGGAGUUUUGGAGGUUCACAGUCCGGAAAAUAAUCAAACAUUUAAGGUCAAUGGACACAGAGUCAAGCCAUAUCUUGAAGUGAAAUUAGUACCAAGAAAUGAAGAUUUGACACUCCAGUCUGUCCAAUAUGCAGCACCACCAAGAGCACUUGAGGCACAAUCAGUAGAGUUCAAGUGCAUCUCUCCAAACUCGUAG